AUGGCACCACAGACUGGUGAGUACAUAUCCCGCCGCCUCCAGCCCCGUUAUGUUCGCAACCCGUGUGUCACCUCGUCCAUUCCCCCCUCACUUCCACCCUCAGUCGAGGAAGCGUACCGCCGAAAAUGUGUCCAGCUCAAAAACCGCACAAACGAGGUCGAGGAGGCCAACGAUGCCGCCAGGCUCCGGCUGACGCGCAUCAAGCGCCAAGUCGAGAAGCUGCGUAUUGAGCGCGCAUUCCUCCUUGAGCAGCUCUCCAAGCGCACGAGUGCCAACGUUGAGGAUUCAGAAGGCAGCCCCAGCCCACCACCAACACCCAAGGACAAGCCGCUGCGUAUAAAGCGCGGCCACCGAAAGGUGUCUACCAUUGCCGAGGAUGGCAAGGAGGAUGGCGGCCCCGAAUCGCCGACUCAGGAAGGCGGCGCGCGAGGAAGCAAGCGAGCCAAGACCGCCAAUGGCGUCCGAAAGUCGAAGAAGAACACCACUCAUAAGUCGGCCUUUGAGCUCUAUUGCGACGAGACGCGACCCAUCCUGGAAGCCAAGAAUGUUGACGACUUGAACAUCGAGGAGGAGCUCACCAAGGGCUGGAAAGAGCUCGCCGAAUUGGACAAAGAUUCGUACCGGAAGCAGGCCGAACAGAUUGCCGCCAAGCAGAGCGAAGAGAAAGAUGAUUCUCCCGAAGCCGACGCGGCACCUGGCAAAGAAGCCACUGAUGAUAAGGAUGAUGAGAAGGCUGAGGAUGGUGACGACAACAAAGGCGACGGCGAGGACGACGAUGUCGAGAUGGCCAACUACGAUACGGACGACCAAGAGACACAGUUGGAUUAG